AUGUCCAUUAAAGACGGCGGCGACACGGAGGAGGACGUGCUGUUCAUCCACGGGUUCAUAUCGUCGUCCGGGUUCUGGACGGAGACGGUGCUGCCGCACGUGAGCCGGGAGGCGCGGGCGCGGCGGCGGCUGUUCGCGGUGGACCUCCUCGGGUUCGGGCGCAGCCCCAAGCCGGCGGACUCGCUGUACACGCUCCGGGAGCACGUGGAGAUGAUCGAGCGCUCCGUCAUCGAGCGGUACAAGGUCGGGGCGUUCCACAUCGUCGCGCACUCGCUCGGCUCCAUCCUCGCGCUCGCGCUCGCCGUCAAGUACCCCGCCGCCGUCAGGUCCAUCACCCUCGUCGCGCCGCCGUACUUCCCGGUGCCCAAGGGGGAGAUGGGGACGCAGUACGUGCUGCGGGCGGUGGCGCCCCGGCGGGUGUGGCCGGCGAUAGCGUUCGGCGCGUCGGUGGCGUGCUGGUACGAGCACCUCGGCCGCACCGUCAGCAUCGUGCUCUGCAAGCACCACCGCCUCUGGGAGCUCGCCUUCCGCGUCUUCACCUUGUACAGGGUGAGGACUUACCUGAUGGACGGCUUCUUCUGCCACACCCACAUCGCCUCGUGGCACACCCUCCACAACAUCAUCUGCGGCAGCGCCGGCAAGAUCGACAAGUGCCUCGAGGCCGUCCGGGACCAGCUCACCUGCGGCGUCACCAUCUACCACGGCGGCGACGACGAGCUCCUCCCCGUGGGCUGCAGCUACGCGGUGCAGUCCAAGAUCCCGCGCGCCAACGUCAAGGUGAUCGACGGCAAGGACCACGUCACCAUCGUCGUCCAGCGCCAGAGGGAGCUCGCCAGGGAGCUGGAGGAGAUCUGGGACACCAAACGGUGA